AUGAUUCACCAAGAGUAUUUGAUUUGCUUCCUGUUUAUACUUUUUGCUGGUACCAGAGUCCAAGAAGCAUUUGCCAGAGUGUUAAAAACUGGAAAUUGUCUGUACAUAAGAAAUAGGAUGUUUGUGGAGCGGAAGUUUGACCAUACUACUCAAAUUUGUUGCACAGACUCUGGGAUACACAGGAAAUAUGACAACCUGCAGAGACUCGUAGAUUGUUGUGGAGAAAGAACAUUCAUAUCGGAAAAACAAUUAUGCCACGAAAAACAUGUGUACGACAAGGAGAGUGGGCUUGGAAUUAAUGGUGAAAAAAUUAUCUGUGGGGAGGAGAAUAAACGUAUCAUUUAUCCUGUUAUCAAUGCUAAGGAAUCUAAAUGUUGCGGAAUACAGAUGUAUUCGUCUUUGACAGAAAUUUGCUGUGAUGGGUUGCUGAAAAGUGUAAAUGAAGGUUGCAAGGUUUCUAUGACAGAAAAUACCGCCAAUGAAGAGGAAUCCAUUACAAAUAAUCCACUUUUCAAUCUUCAUUUCCCUGAGCAUACAUUUAAUCCAGAUAUCGAGUUUUGCUGUGAUGAAGAAGUCCGUGAAAAAUCAAAGAAACAUGGAAUAUGUGUUGGAAGUAACAAAAACGACCGACAUUCGAAGGCACUAUGGUGUGGAAAGAACGGAACCUCACAGAGUCUUGAAUGUUGCGAUGGGAAAUCCUACAACGCAUCGUUAUUCAAAUGCCUGAACAACACAGUUAUUCCAAUUGAAUACGAUAUAUGCAAAGGCGUAUUUUAUGAUAAACGAAGGCAAAUCUGUUGCGACCGGUCAACUCUGUACGGUGUUCCUUCAUAUCACUCCAAUUAUGAAUGUUGUGGCUCCUCUUUGAUUGAUAAACGAAUUAAACAGUGCUGUAUCUGGUCUGGUUCUGCCUAUGUUCAACCAAAAACAGGAGACUGCUGUGGAGAACAACUUUAUAACCAGAAAUCAGAAAUUUGCUGCAAGGGAAAACGAAUUGCUGCCAAUGAAAAUACGCGAUGUUGCGGUGAUGGAUUUUACAAUUCUUCUUUUCAACUUUGCUGUCAUUCUGAAAAAUCUGCCCGUCCAUUCAACAGAAAGAGCGAGAAAUGUUGUCAAGGUCUUGUGUUUUCCGUGAAGGAUCUGCCAAAACCGAAAUGUUGUGGAAAUCGAGUUUAUUCGUCACGAAGUCAAGUUUGCCACGGUGGUGUAAUUAACAGAAAGAAGGAAAGUUGCAAUAGGGGCAGUCAGUCUGAAAAUUCCUUAACGAAGGAGUCAUUCUACCGUUCUGUCCAACAACUCUUCCCUGCUGGCAUUAAUACGAAACUCAAGAAAUGGAAAGGAAAGAAAGGUUUCCCACUGAUUAUUGUCAAUCUUCCUGAAGCCAAUAUUUACCUGGGAAAAGUCCCAAAUCUCUCUUCUCAGUACGAUGAUCGUUCUGCUUAG